AUGAACGCGGAUGCGUUAGGCUGUGUACGACGCGUCGCGGACUAUGCGCAGGACCUCGUGUACGCCGUGAUUGCAUGGAUGCAGUGUGGCGCGAGCGGAUCUAAGGUAAAGGUGAAUGGGAUUAGCUACGAGAUUGUGCGGCUUUUAGGUGAAGGAGGAUUUAGUAUGGUGUACCUUGUUCGCGACACCCAAACUGGCCAGGAGUUUGCCCUGAAAAAGAUCCGGUGCCAGCACGGUGCAGAGUCUGUGCGUGAGGCGCUUGCCGAGGUGGAUGCCAUGACUCGCUUCCGCAACCCCAAUGUAAUUCGACUGUGCGAUUCUGCUGUGCUUGCGGAUACGCAAGGCGCGUCGACAUCGCUGCGCGGAAAUGUGCCUGUGCACGACGAGGAGCAAGGGAGCGUUGAGCGCAUAGUGUACAUUGUGCUGCCCUACUACGAGCACGGAAAUGUGCAAGAUGCGAUCUCCGCCCAUGUGAUUCGGGGUACGCGCUUCGAAGAGCGUUGGAUGCUGCAAGUUUUUUGCGACGCGUGCCUUGCGGUGCAUGCUAUGCAUACAUACGCACUUCCUGCUGUCGAGAUGGAUGCAGCGAAAAGUGACGGUGCGUCGCUCCUGUUUGAUGCCGUCUCGGAAUUGUCGUAUUUCCCCGCGACACCGAUGGCCACAAUGCAGCAAACGCGCGCAGACGCGCACAUCGAGCCAUAUGCACACCGCGAUAUCAAGCCUGCGAAUAUCAUGCUUGGCGAUCACGGGCGCACGGGUGUGUUAAUGGACUUUGGCAGUACGAUUCGCGCGCGCGUCGCGAUUCGCUCGCGCAAAGAGGCCAUCGCGCACCAGGACCUUGCCGCAGAGCGCUCGAGCAUGCCGUACCGUGCGCCGGAACUUUUCGAUGUGAAAACGGAUACGGUGCUCGACGAGAAGGUGGAUAUCUGGGCGCUUGGAUGCACCUUGUACGCCAUGGCCUACCUGCACUCGCCAUUCGAGACGCCGUCUACCGAAGGCGGCUCGCUUGCGCUGGCCGUGACGAAUGGCGCGUACAAAUUUCCGGAGCAGGACCCCUAUUCUGCGGCAACGCGCGCCAUCAUCCAGCGAUGUCUCACGACUGAUCCAGCCGCGCGGCCAUCGAUCGAGGAGGUGAUUGCAAUGACCACAAAUGCACUAAAUACGCUGUAG